GCGUGGAUGCGUUCUGCUCAGCAGCAUGUUUUUAAUUGAUGACUGGUCAACAUUACUAUGUGUCUGAGUUAGCAAUGCUCUAACAUAAUACUCAUCAAUGCGGGUGCGUGAUUAGAUUAAUUUGAUCGUCAAUCUAUCCCAUUGCUAAGAUUUUGUAUCUGUAAAACAGUACAGUAUGGAGGAGGCAGAGUCACCGGAGGAAAUACUGGCCAAGCAACAGCGCAAGGAAAAGAAGGACCUACAAGCUAAAAUCCAGAGUAUGAAAAAUGCAGUCCCCAAAAACGACAAGAGAAGAAGAAAACAGCUGACUGAGGACGUUGCCAAACUAGAGGCGGAGCUCAACCAAAAGCACGAAGAAGAAAUCAAGCAGAUAAAUAAUAUUGCAGAUAUUAAAGUGAAGGUGGCUGUGGAGGAGGUGGUGGAGGAAGUAGAAGUUCUUGCUCUGGAUGUUGGAGAGCAAAAUGACGCCCAGCAAACACGCGUAUCUAAGGCCCAGAAGAGGCGGGACAAGAAGGCCGCUGAGGAGAAGGAGAGGCAGAACCGCAUAGCUGAAGCUGAGGUGGAAAACCUGUCUGGUUUGAGGCACCAGGAAGUCCUGAAGUUAUCUCAGAAGCUAGCGGAGAGACAGUUACAGAUCAGGGAGAUCUCCUCUGAUGGCCACUGCAUGUACCGUGCUUUGGAAGACCAGCUGUCACAGAGAGGAGUGCCUUCGUUGACCCUCAGCCUGAAGGAGCUCCGUGUUCACACCGCCCAGCAAAUGAGGACCCACUCUGAUGACUUCCUUCCCUUCCUCACCAACACCAGCACUGGGGACAUGUACACAACAGAUGAAUUUGAGAAGUACUGCAACGAUGUGGAGCACACAGCUGCUUGGGGUGGUCAACUGGAGUUAAGAGCUCUGACCCAAGUCCUCCAACUGCCAAUCGAAGUGAUUCAAGCGGAUUCACCUACCAUCCGGAUCGGAGAAGAAUACGACAAGGCACCUGUCACUCUUAUUUACAUGCGCCACGCCUACGGACUGGGAGAGCACUAUAACUCUGUGGAGCGCUUGAAAGAGGCAGCCAUCGAAGAGGAGGGCUGAGCUGAGUCAAAGGAUGCUGUCAAACACGUCAGAUUUACCGUGCCAUCCAUAUGAAAGAGUCAAGGGAUUAGUGAGGCAAGGACUAACUGCUAAGUGUAACACUUCGGCUAAAGUGAAUCCUCUUGACUGAAUAGUUAACUGAUGCAGUGUACAGAAGAUUGGAAGACACUGUUACUGCUCAGUCAUAUUUCAACAACAUGGAAAUAUUCCUCAUAUUAUGGUAGCGAGAUCUAUUGAAAAUGUGUAAUGAUGGCGAUGUGCAGCAUUAUGCAACAAUUACAUUUCUGUAUGUUUGUUGAUGGUGACAUUUACUUGUAGGCCUACAAUAAAACAAUCUAAACUC